CCAUACACGUCUGCGCACUCGCUGCGAACCGCUGGGAGACAUCUGCGCCUGCGCAGUCGUGGCAAGCGAACCGAGACGCACCGAAGGAGUCACAGCUAAAAAAAAUCCCGCAUUAAGACAAGAUGGCAGGACUGCCCCGCAGGAUCAUUAAGGAGACACAGCGCUUGCUAGCUGAACCUGUCCCCGGGAUCAAAGCGGAGCCUGAUGAAGCGAAUGCCCGCUACUUCCACGUGGUCAUCGCCGGGCCCCAGGAUUCACCCUUUGAAGGAGGGACUUUUAAACUUGAACUUUUUCUACCAGAAGAGUAUCCAAUGGCAGCUCCUAAAGUACGAUUCAUGACCAAAAUAUACCACCCCAACGUUGACAAGCUGGGUCGGAUAUGCCUGGACAUCCUCAAAGAUAAGUGGUCGCCCGCCCUGCAGAUCCGCACCGUACUGCUAUCUAUCCAGGCAUUACUAAGCGCUCCCAACCCUGAUGAUCCACUAGCUAACGAUGUCGCAGAGCAAUGGAAAACCAACGAAGCUCAGGCCAUAGAGACAGCUCGCACGUGGACCAGACUUUACGCAGGAAACAACAUUGAAGUUUAAAGUGAAACGUGAACACGAACACCUGUGUUCUGCCAAGACCCCAUCCUUGCGUUUGCAUUUAAAAGGACACAGUCUUAGAAAACAAAUGAAACAAAGAAUAUAUUAAAGAAAAAAAAAAACAGACUUAAGACCAUUUGGUGAUUUAAAUGCACAUUAGCAGACGUCUUUGUCCUGAUUCGCUGUUCAUAAGUUUGAGCGGGGGCCCAUCUCGCGUGUGACUGUGUGACGGGGUGGCUGCUUGUACCUGAGACACCCAAACUGGCCGUUCUGGUCCUGCUUUAGUGUGUGUGUGCGUGUGUGCGUGUGUGUGCGUGUGCGUGUGCGUGUGCGUGUGUGUGUGUGUGUGUGUGUGUGUGUGCGCGCGCGCGCGCGCUUGGGGGGGUGACCGGUGGCUCACAGUCCCUUUUACGAUUUCUUUUAAUGCCCCUGUGGUAUUUCUGGUGUAAAACACAGCUAACUUGCCACCGUCUACAUGGUGCCCCUGAUCCCGGAGGCUGUCUGUAUCCGUAGGUGCUGUAGAGAGAUCAAAGCUUGCCUUUUAAUCACUGCAUCCAGCUUGGACAGAGAGAAAGUGUUGAAAUGACUAAAAUAUUCACAAUAAUAAUAAUAAUAACUGGGCCUUCCCUUCAUCAUGCUGUGUUUGCUCUCAAUGUAGACUAAUAUAGGCUUGUUAAUUCUGGAUAGCUGUCUGGGAAAAGGUGAAAAAAACUGUAAAUCUGAUUUUUAGUGAUUUUUUUUUUUUUUUUUUGUAUUUGGUCUUGGUAUUAUGGUUUCUUUCCUCGCGUUCUGUGGUUCUAGGUGGAGUCCGGUGGCCCCCCCCGCCCCCCAGUUUGUGACCGCCGCCUCGAUUCUCCCGCUUUCAUGGCACAAACAUGGUGUCCUGCUGUCAGUCCGGCGUCAGGCAGCCACAAGCUGCCAGUUGUGAUUCACGGUUCCGGGAGGAGAGAGAGAGGAAAGAAAAGCUCUGUUAAAAAAUGAACUGAUUGUAAAUUCAUUCUUUAUAUUAAAAUGGGAGCAAAAUGGUUUGUGGCUCUGUGGAAAUGAAAGCAAUCCAUACACGUCCUUUGUUCUUUAUGUAAAUAAACUGUUGAUUAGUAA